AUGGCUAUACGGAAAAAUUUGACAACCACAUGUUAUAAUGAAAUUCCUAUCUCAUACAACAAUAACAGCAUGUUUUUAAGUCCCAGAACCCGUGUAUUAACCCAUAGAGGCACUGAAUUAGACUGCACCAACCAGUUACCUGUUAAAUUCCAAAUAGAUAAUCACAGGACUGGAACAACCUUGCCCCACACCUUAGCCAAGCCGCCUACUGUCACCCAAGCAGCUCCGCCUGUAUUCAAACGGCCAUACCUCAAACCACGCUGUACCCGACCACUUGCUCCAGCAAAAGUCCAAUAUUGCAAGCUAUGCUUACCAGUCAUGAAGCGCUGGUCCAUGACUUACUGCCCAAUAUGCUGCCAACCCGAAGACCGCAAUAAGCCCUUCAAACCUAUUCCAAUUUGCUCUGUUGUUCCUGAUCCAAAUUUUAAACCCUCUUUCAUUCCACCGCUGUCCAUAUUCAUGACACAAAUAACUGAACUCCCACCUCCUUCUGCACCGCCAUCUCAGAUACCUCAUAUCGCCCUGAUAGUAUCCUAUGUUUUUCCAUUGUCACCAGCCUCGAUCGCUGCAAUCUCCCUCCCACCAUCUCCUCCUCACGCACUGUCGGAGGCCACACCCGCCGACACCAACCCUGCUGCUGUCGCACCGGCUGACUCCAAUCCUGCAGCUGCCUCACCUGCUGACACCGCCCUUGCAGAGCCCUAA